AUGGGUCUAGACCAGAGGAUCAUGCCGUCGUCCGACAGUGCCGUUUCCUUCGAUACCUGGCCGUCCACUCCCAAGACCAAAGAAUACAUGGAUUCCCUGGUUCUUCCGUCCCAGGACAAGUUCGAGCAGAUAGCUCACGUACAGGAGGAGAAGGAAGUUGAAUCACGACGACGAGCUAAAGAAGAGUGGCGUCACCGUUCCACGUCCGGUGCAUCUGCAUCUGUGUCAGACAGCGCACACAGCCAUACCACUGCAACGGGGCCAGGCCACAGCCAUGAGCGCGACAAGGCCGCCAAGGUCAUACAAAAGACGUUUCGAGGCUAUCGCGCCAGGCGAGAACUGGAGGGCUACAGUCUAAACGCAAGCACGCGAUGGGUCACGGCCGUUCGAGAAGCCCAGUUUCGUCAGAGCACGAAGCCUCGUGGUGUUGCUGACACCGACACCAACGAGGUUCUUGCGCUGGAGGACCCGGUUGACUAUCGACCCGCGAGCGCACGGCAAAAAUGGAAAAAGGCAAGCUUGGUGGCGCGCAGGGCAGGACACGAUGAUUCGGACACGGAUUCGGACUCAGACGACGAUGAUGUGCUGGCGGGAAUGACGUCAGAGGAGAGAAGUGCAGCGAGGGAGAAACGUGUCAAGGCGACGACGCAGAGACGCCAGGCGGCGCGGAUGAUGGGCCUGCAGUACUUUUUGGAAAUGGUGGACUCCAAGCAUCGGUAUGGCAGUAAUUUACGCAUGUACCACGAGGAGUGGAAGGCGUCCAACACCAAGGAGAACUUCUUCUACUGGCUGGACUACGGCGAGGGUAAGAACAUCGAGCUGGAUACGUGUCCUAGGGACAGACUGGAACGCGAGCAGGUGCGCUACCUUUCGCGGGACGAACGACAGUACUAUCUCGUGCGAGUCGACGACGAAGGCCGUCUGUGCUGGGUGAAGAAUGGGGUGCGAAUCGACACAACCGAACAGUUUAGAGAUAGCAUCCACGGCGUUGUGCCCAUUGACGAUCCCACGCCUGCAUUCACACCUACUUCCUCCCAACCGCCAGAAGACAACGACGACAGCGACUCAGACUCCUCCGCCGAAUCCAGGCGCGAAGCCGACCGCGCCGCCAAAUACGCCGACUCAAACCUCGACGACACCAAGGGCCUCAAAAAAAUCACCCACAUCUCCGCCUCCACAAUCUUCAACCAACUUCUCCGCAAGUCCGUCAAGAAAAACACAUGGAUCUUCGUCGCAGACACCUCCUUCAGACUCUACGUGGGCAUCAAAGACUCCGGCGCGUUCCAGCACUCCUCCUUCCUCCAAGGCGGCCGCAUCUCCGCCGCCGGUCUCAUCAAGAUCAAAAACGGGCGUUUAUCCUCCCUGUCCCCCCUGAGCGGACACUACCGCCCCCCCGCGAGCAACUUCCGCGCCUUUGUAAAGAACCUCAAGGAGGAGGGCGUGGACAUGAGCCACGUGAGCAUAUCGAAGGCGUACACCGUCCUCGUGGGGCUGGAGACGUACCUCAAGACGAGGAGGAAGGGGAAGGAGUUUGUGGGGAAGCUGAUACACGGGAAGGACAAGGUGCUUGCGCCGGAGGAGGUGAGGCGGCGGGAGGAGGAGAGGAGGGAUAAGAGUGAGAGUGCGGCGCUGGAGAGGAGGGUGCUGGAGAGGGAGAGGGAGGAGGAGGAGCGGGAGAAGAGGGGGAUGAGUACGGGGGAUAGGGUGGUUGGUAAGAUUAGGAGUUUGCCGGUGCAUACGAAGUAG